CGUCUAUCUAUUUCUAUGCUCAGAACGGAUUGACAACAAAGUGAUAUGUAACAAUGCUUGCUUUGCUUGUGUGUGGUAAAUUAACCAUCUGAGUUAUUAUUUUAGGAACUUUACUCGUUUGUAAACUGCUUACUCCCUCACGCUUGCGAGUGGAGGCACUCGCACUUCCCGGUAGCCCCGCGUCAUCAGGCUGUCGUCUGCAGUAGAGGUAUCAGAGUGAUCACAACGGUCCGAUGAGAGUGUUGGUGACAGGAGGCUCUGGCUUGGUGGGCAGGGCCAUACAACAUGUGGUCAAAGAGGAAGGGAUAGGUAAAGAAGACGAAUGGAUUUUCCUCUCCUCCAAAGACGCCAAUCUCAAGAGCAUGGAGGAGACCCUGGAGGUGUUUAGAAAAUAUCGGCCAUCCCAUGUUAUCCACCUGGCUGCCAUGGUGGGGGGGCUUUUCAAGAACAUGAAGUUUAACCUGGACUUCUGGAGGAAUAACAUCUACAUCAAUGAGAAUGUGCUGCAGGCAGCACAUGAAGUCGGUGUGGUCAAGGUUGUUUCCUGUCUGUCCACCUGCAUAUUUCCAGAUAAGACCACCUAUCCCAUUGAUGAGAAUAUGAUCCAUAACGGCCCACCCCAUGAGUCCAACUUUGGCUACGCCUAUGCAAAAAGAAUGAUAGAUGUCCAAAACAGGGCCUAUUUCCAGCAGCACGGACGUUGCUACACAGCUGUGAUCCCCACAAAUGUGUUCGGUCCCCAUGACAACUUCAGUAUUGAAGAUGGUCAUGUGCUACCAGGUCUAAUUCACAGAGCUUACAUUGCCAAAAAAGAGGGGAAGCCCUUGGUCGUCUGGGGCUCUGGCACUCCGAGAAGGCAGUUCAUUUACUCGUUGGACUUGGCUCGCCUCUUCCUGUGGGUUAUAAGGGAAUAUCCAGAGGUUGACCCAAUCAUCCUUUCUGUUGGUGAGGAAGAUGAAGUAUCAAUCAAAGAAGCAGCAGACGCAGUUGUGCAUGCACUGGACUUUAAGGGCGAAGUGGUUUAUGAUACCAGUAAAGCAGAUGGGCAGUUUAAAAAGACAGCCAAUAAUGCAAAGCUGCGCAGCUAUCUACCAGAUUUCGGCUUCACACCCUUCCAACAAGCUCUCAAGGAGACCUGUGACUGGUUCGUUGCCAACUAUGAUACAGCUCGCAAGUGAAAAAGCAGUUAUCAAGUGGGGAGUAAGACAACAAAAUCUGCAGUCUGUUACAAGAUGCUCGUACAGAAGUUGCCGAGAGCCGGGCUUGCGUUCCUGAGUGAGCUGGAUGGAGAAUCGCAUCUGCAACAUCCGAAUGUGUGAAAUCAGAUCUGUUGUUUGUUAGUUAUCCAUCAGACUUUCACUUGUUUGGGAUAUUUCCACAUUAAAAGGCCAUGGUAAACUACAAAUGUGUUAAUUGACUCUGCAUAAUACAUUUUGUAUAUGUACAGUAUAUAUCAGUGGUGUUCAGUCAGGCCCAGCAAAGCCUUCUCUUCAGGCCUAAACAUGAUCAGAAACACAGACCUACGUCUACAACUUUAACUCGAGUAUUUGUUCCAUGAAAUUGUACUAAUUUAUUCCAACAGUCAAAUAUUUUUGUUUAGUAGUGUGUCUCCUGGCUUCUGUACGUCUCCUGUAUGUGCAUGUUAGAUGUAUAUCUGUGUCAUCUGACCAGAGCCUUCAGAAUCAGGAGUGUUGGUCCCUGUCACAUACACACUAUAGCAAUGAGGCUGCCAAUCAGACUUCAGGUUUGCCUCUCAGUUUUCCGGUUGCGCAGAGCAAAACUGUUCAACAAGCCAUGUUACGCCCACAAUGUCAUGUUAUUAGAUCAACAUUGCUUGUGAACUGCUUCAGAUGAGAUGUGAGUUGUCUGAAUCUUUCAUCACCGAGCCGUUCUAUUUACGCUUGUGACAUUUGGCUGAGCGCCAACUUGACAAGCACCGGUGUACAACUGAUCACAGGUGGAAAUUAGUCACUAAAGCAAAGUUACUAACAGUAAUGUAAGUAAGACCUAUUGGUGAUUAUGUAUUCUUAAAUAAGGAGACGUAUAUUAUUGAUAGAGAAUUGGUAUCAUGGCAAUGUCACUGUGAUCACGGCUAUGUUAGUUCAUGUGUUGGGGUUCCCUUCUAUUUAAACGCCUGAUGGUGCAGCUCUAAUGAGUCUAUUGCUCUAUUUGGGCAACCAUUUACUGUCAUUUUUGACACUGUCUCUCACAGUGCCUGGCCGAAAAAUAUCUGGCCGGCCCACUGAAGGCACAGGUACCAAAUGCACAGCCCGAAACUUGUAUACAGUCAUGGAAAAAAUUAUUAGACCACCCUUGUUUCUUCAGUUUCUUGCUCAUUUUAAUGCCUUGUACAACUAAAGGUAUCUUUGGUUUGGUUUGGUUUGGUUUAAUUUAUUUCGAACACGCAUAUGUCCGAAAAGGAGUAGGAAGAAGCAGAGCUUAUUUAAUCCUACCCCCUCUUCGUAGCACAUCAAUUGCUAAUACAUGUGUGUACAUACAAACACGUGCAUACAUAUAUAUACACGUACAUCUGCACCUACACCAGUACGCACAUUUUUACAUAUACAGUAUACAGGUACACAAAUGAUUAAAAAAAAAAAAAAAUUCCCUUUCUCCAUUUUUUCCUCCUUUUCCCUUUCUAUUUAUCCUGUCCUUUCUCUCCUGUUGAUAUCCACAUCGUCUUUAGUGUUGCACUGCUAGUGACGCUGGGUUUGUAUACAAGAGUUCCUUUUAUUAUUUAUGUCGAGGUUAUUGCUGUGGAAUGUAGUCCUUCUCUGUCUUGUAGGGUGUUUCCUCAUAGUAAUAUGAUCUUUAAUAUGCAUCCAGAUCACUGAUAUCUUGGACAACAAGCACUCUUGCGACUCCUGGACUUCCUUUUAGUUUGAUGUAGAUUUUCCCGUUAGUGCUCCAAGUGUUUUGAAUCUUUCCUUGCUUCCUCAGGUCUCGUGCUUUCCUGGCGAUGUCGGAAUUGCGUUUUGUGAGAUGCUCAUUCAUGUAGACGUUGGUGCCUCUUAGCUUCUUUCCCUGUUUCAGCAGUGCAGCUUUGAAUUCCCUGUUGGUGAACUUAAUGAUGACAGGUGUGGUGUUGUUUCUGCCAUGGAGUGGGACGCAAGUGUCAAUACUGUUUACAUCGACAUCCACCUCCUUCGAGUGUAGGAAGUUAGCAAUCUGCUGCUUUAUUGAAGGAACAUCUCUUGACUUGGGUGUGAUUUGGAGCCCUGUGAGGACCACAUCAUUCAUUCGUGCCAUCUGAUCCAUCUCGUCAAUGUAGUUUUUAAUUUGCUCCUUGAUAUUCUCCUUUGCUUCUUUCUCUUCCUCAAGGGUGGUGCGAAAGGCAGCAUUAUCCUUCAAUAGUGCCUUGAUGUCAUCCUGUAGAAUGUUGAUAUCAUUGCAUAGUGCUGUAUUUUCUUCCCUGGGGUCUUUAGCGUCCUUAGGAUCAGUACAUGAGGUGGCUUCCAUAUGGUUUAUAGCCUCCUUGAGAACAGUGCGCAAGGCAGCGUUAUCUUCCAAUAAUGCCCUGAUAUCAUCCUGCAGAACCCUAACAUCCUUGCAAAAUGCUGUAUUUUCUUUACGGUUUAUCGCUUCCAGAAGAGCAGAGCGCAAGGCAGCAUUGUCAUUCAACAGUACCUUAAUGUCAUCCUGCAGAGCCUUGAAAUCUUCCAUAGGGUAUUUAACCUCCUUAAGAGCAGCACCCAGGUCUGCAUUUUCAUCUUGCAACUUCUUGACCUCUUUUCUUAGUUUUUUGAUAUACUUGUUCUGUGCUCUAUUUUCUUCCAUAAUGUUUGUGAUUGACUUACUCUGUACUCUAUUUUCUGCCAUAAUGUUUGUGAUACCAUUCCUUAUAAUUGCAUUUGAAGCUGAAUGUUUCGCUGCCAUUGAAUGCAGUUUCUCAAUUGCUUGCAUUAUUUGUGGUAGAGUGAUCUCUCUACCCUCGAGGAACUCCUUGGUAGCCUUCUUAAACUCCAGGUAUCCUGGAAAAAGGGCUUCUAUUUUUAUGUCCGCGUCAGGGCCUGAAUCAUUUUCCUCUUCGAGUUCAGAGCCAGUAUCAUUUUCCUUUGUGUUUGACAUUGUUGCUAAGCAACCUCUUUGAACUUCAGCAGUUCGCUAACUAGCUAGACUUGCUAGCAGGUAUCUAUACUUGUAUCUGUACCUCUCGACUAUCCAAGUUAAAGGAAUUCAGAUGGGGGAUUCAGCCAUCAGCGCUGAUCCUGUGCUCAUGAAGUGUUGUCAGGAAGCACCAAAAUAGUUAAAAUUUCCAGUAUCAUCAACAGAGCUCCUGCCAUACACGUCCUUCCCCGUCAAGGAAAAAAAAAAAAAAAAAAAUACUUGUUUGGACAAGUAUAACAAUGACAACAAAAAUAGCACAUAAGAGUUACAUUUUGUGGCAGUACAAUGCUAUCGUUCAAGGGUGUCCAAAGUGCGGCCCGGGGACCAUUUUCGUUCGCGGGUGUGAUUUUAUCGGCCCGCAGCACAUUCUAAAAAUGUAAUUUAACAAGAAAAUUAAAUUUAAAAAAACAAUAGCAGCAGCAAAAAUGGAAAAGUCAAAAUAUUAAGAGAAGAAGAAUCUAGCAAGGAAAAAAAGCCAAAAUUUCACAAGAAUAACGUAAGCGUAUAAGGGAAAAUGUCAUUUUAGUAGCAUGAAGUUGAAAUAUGAAAGAAAAAAAGUUGGGUUUUUUUAAAGAAAAAUAUUAUUUUUUAAGUCAAACAAUGAAUAAAGUUGGAAUUUUUGGGAACUUAGUUUGGGGAAAAAUGUAUAACAUGGCAAUAAAGUCAAAAUAUUAGGAGAAGAAAAUAUACAAGAAGAAAGUUGAAAUAUUUUGAAAAUAAAAAAAAGCAGAAAUUGGACCAGAGUACAGUCAAAAUGUUAAGAGGGAAAAAGUUGCAAUUUCAUGAGAAUAAACAAGUAAAAUGAUCAUUUUAGUAGUUGUAGUAGAAAAAAUACAUAAUUAAAAAAAUACUGUAUAUACAUUUAUAAUUGCAAGAAGAAAAUGUACAAAAGGAAAGCUGAAACAAAAUAGCUGGGAAAUUUUAAAAAACUGCAGAAAUGGAAGAAGCAGCUGUCAUUUUACGGGAAUAAAGUAAAAAAAUUAAGAAAAAAGUUAUAAUCGAAUGAAAAACAAGUCAAAAUUUUACAAGAAUAAACUGGUAUUAUUAAGGAAAAAAUGUCAUUUUUAGUAGCAUUCUAUGCUAUGCUUCUUAGCGUAUCUCCAUGUGUUGCUUUAUAAAAUAUCAAAGUGGCGAAGUUGCAUCCCUUCAUUUUUCACUAUGUGGCCCUCGCUGGAAAAGGUUUGGACACCCCUGCUAUAGUUAUUCAUGUGAGAACGUUAAGUGGUUUUGGUUAUAACCAAGAAAACCAUGGAAAUUGCUAGAUAUCAGCUCUUAAAUUCAGCUCUUAAAAUUGGCCAUCAUUUCAUCAAAACUGAAUAACUUUAAGAUUUGAUCUCGGCCAAUGCCUCUCAGAGUUCUCCCAUCACACUUUGGCAAUUGUGAACUUCAAUUAGCACAACUGAACUAUUAUGCUGUGUUUAUUGUAUGGCUCACAUGAACUUGACUCAGUGUGGUUUGUGAGUAACACACUCUUCUGGUGAAUAUACUGUAUGUAAUAGCAACUGGGCUUCACAGUAAAUAUAAGCAAGACGGUAGGCUUAUGAAUUACCCAAAGAAUUGUGAGAUAAGCUACUUCAUUUUACAAAUAAAGAGUAGCAAUAGCAGUGUGCCGGCUUGUGGCUGCCUUUGGGCGGUGCGGACCAGACGCUUUUGAGAAAAUAUGUCGUCAAGGGGGGUUGGAAUGUCGCCAGAUCUAGCGACAAAACCACCAAGUUGGCAACACUGGCUCCUUUUUUCGUGGUGGCAUGUUAAGUGGUGAGUGAUGCUUCAGCGGGCUUGUUACCUUUCAGCACCUCUUUUUUGCACCUGUGCGUUGUCCACGCCAGCGGCCACUGAAGUUGCUAGGCCACUUUAUUCCUUGGCGGUGAUGCGAAUAAAAUGACGCUUAAUAGUGACGUUUCAACAGCCUGAACCAAAGUCCAAGGCCAAAUUUUUGUCUACUGAUGGCGAGCCAAACAGAACAGCUCAACUAUUACACACAAAUGUUCACUGUUUUUGGAGUGAAUCCCACUGCAAAAAAAGUUGCCGAAAAGCAGGUCAACAGCAAAGGCAAAAAACACGAAGAAACGAUCUUAUUUGAACGUGAGGAGAGCCGGUGCUACCAGAGAGAGUUGAUAAGAAUCUGGUGACGUUUGGUACGCACACGUAAUUAACAAAAUAAAUGAAAAACAAUCAAAUUAGGGGGUUUCUACAAGACCCUGCCUCUUGCAUGAAGUCAGCUGGGAUAGACUCCAGCGUACCGGCGACCCUAGUGAGGAUAAGCGGCACAGACGAUGGCUGGAUGGAUGGGUUUCCUACAAGAUUCAGAUUGUUAAUUGGGUGAGACAGUUCCACGGCCUGUUUUGUCUGAGGUUGACAAUUUAAAAGGCUGUACUGUAUUGUAAAAUACGCCUUGCCGUCUGUUUGAACUCACACAUACAAAAUACGACAGAAUUGGACUACCUCGCGGAGGUAGUUGGACAGGUGUGAUACUAAAGUGUGCACGUCUGAUGGCGAUCACAGAGGUCCAGGGAAUUCUCAGGUCGCUCGUGUGUACGCUCAGACACUUGAAAAAUGAGGGGGAAUGUUGGUUUUAACAGUUAUUUAAUUUCCCCCUUCU